GAUCUCGUUUAUUAAAUUAUUCUCAGUUAUGUAGCGACAGGAGGAUGAGAGUUAAAUUGUUGUCACGCAAAAGUCUGUCAUAAAAAAGAUAUAACUCGGUUUCUUUCCGAUGAACGAAUCUUUGCAUUCCGACCGGACCGUUGCAUUUUCUCAACGAGAGGAAAUAUAAUUCUUACCCUUCUGCUGCUAUACGUGAGAAACGUGACGGUCCCUUCUUUUGAGGAAGAUCGUUGACAAUCCGUGACAUAUAGGUAUAGCUAUUCAAGUUCCCCUCUGUCAGGUUGCUCCUGGCCUAGUUCUGAUCUUUUUUAUUGUAUAAGGCAAUCAAUAAAUCUCGACAGUUUCACGAAUUGCACAGAACGUAACGUUUUCUCUUACAAACUGAAGGUUACACACCAGCCAAGUACCGCUCGAUCAGUCAUAACAUAAACACGCAGAAAUACGAGCAUUCUAAUCUAAAACAACGUAUCAGAAACAGUGAUAUUUCGGUGCACGAUGAUGAAUUUAACGAUUGCAAUAUAAUACUUUAAAAACGAACUCACGAUUCGUUUUUAAAAAUCGUUUGAAAUCGAAUGCGCGGAGCAAUUUGCGCCGUAGUUCUCGAAACACAGCUCGGUCGAGUUCGUUGAGUUGCACGCCGUCGACAGUUUGCGGAUAUCUUGUACCGGGGUCAGAUGUGUCUGCCUUUUUACAAGUACUCAGUGAUGAUCGUUCGGAUCCACGAAUUAAAAUUGAAAUUACAUAGCUUCCCGUAGUAAUUACAAGUAACUUUAAUCUCUCGCAUCUGUGUAAACUUUUUCAUUUAUUAUAUCCCUUUCGACGCAGCGUGCGCGCCUGAGUGUUGUUUAAAAAUUUCGGUUUCAAGUUCGGAUAUACUAUAAUUACGCUUUCGACACUCGAGGCAUCAGGUCUGAUAAGUCGUUUCGUAUAGACGGACAUUCGACUGGACUAACGUCGAUACUAUAGACUUUAAACUCAGUGAAAUGCGAAAUGUCCCAUCGAAAAACGAUCGACAUAAAGCGUACGGGACGGAGGCAAAAAUAUGGUGAUCAUCUAGUCGCUGAAAAAGUAUCGAAAUAAAAAUGAAUUCGUCUUAUCUUUGGGGUGAGGACGAAGAAGGAUGGGGAGCGCGAUACUAUUUUACGUAUUAUAGCCAGUUCGAAGAUCGAACAGGCAUCGGUACGAUGAUGGAGGUGGUGGUUUUGGCAGCCAGCUUCGUUUUAGCCGUCGGUGGUAAUUUGGGAAUGGCCGGUUGUAUAUUAAGAUACAAGGAACUGAGAACGCCGACGAACAUGUGCCUGGUGAACUUGGCCGCAGCGGAUCUUUUGUUCACCGUCGGCGUGCCCGCGAUCGCGUACACCAGAUUCACGCAGUCGUGGCGUUUCGGGGAUGCGAUUUGCAAACUAUUACCUUAUACUCAGUUUGUCUGCGGCUUCGUGCUUCUAUGGACAUUGACGUUCAUAUCAAUGGACAGGCAUCGAUGUUUAACGAUAGCACCUUACAGGAGUGCUUUAACAAGGACCAGAGUCGUAAUCACAAGUCUCAUCACUUGGAUCAUCGCGUCUCUCGUUUUUUUACCGGUCGUAUUCUGGUUUAAACAAAAGGAACCCGUGAAUGAUAAAGUCAUUUGCACUUUAGUUUUUCCACGGACCGAAAUCCUGAAUAUUUCGUUAUGUUACACGAUACCGAUCAUCGUCCUGGCUUGUCUUUUGCCCAUGGUUCUUCUGGUCUACCAUUAUCAACGAAUCUUUCAAAAGAUCCUCGAUACGCGGAGCACGUGGGCCGUACCGUGCAUAGCACAAGGUCUGGAGAGUAGUAGCGGAGGAAUUAGCGGCGGUUGUGGUGAUGGUGUUGGAGGCGGUGCGAGCGCAACAGGUAGAAGAGAUUCCGAACUAUCUGUAGUGGGGACAUUACUACCUUGGGCCGGAAGAAAAAUGUCCUGCACGUCUUUUACUGGCAGCAAGAAAGGCCGCGGCCGCACCGGAAGUCUAUCUCAACAAGAAGAGACGCGCUUGUACAAACAUCUUCGUGUGGUACGAAUACUGCUGUUGAACGUGGUAGCGGUGCUAGUAAUGUGGUUACCGAUCACUAUUAUGAUGUUACUGAUCUACGUAGACGGACAAAGAUCCGUUGAUGACACGAACUUCUUUUUGAGGUCUCAUCACUUCGUUUGGACUUUGAUUAUCGCGCAAUUAAACACGAUAGUUAAUCCAUUACUUUACGGAGUACUCUCGGAGAAUUUUCGUGUCGUAUGUAUCGCUAAAUUGUGGAAACGCCGAGGACUCGACAGCAAUUCUAUUAGAAGCGCAGAGAACGCAGGACCGAAGAAGAACGCGAAAUCAUUGCAAGCAUUUCAAACUCGCUUGGGAACUGGUAGUAGCUUAGGAAAUCCAUUAAAAAAUUUAAAGAAAUAUUCUGACUGUGGCAUAGUUGGUAGUAUCAUCGAAGUACCAAAUUCGGAAAAAUUAUGAUAUUACAAUUCGUAAUUGAUUGCAUAUACCAUGGUCUACGAAUAUGUACGGGGAAAAGAUGUGUACACAGAACUCUACGAGAGAUGUUUCAAAAAUUACAAUUACAAUGUACAAUUAUUUAUUCGAUUAAGUAGUAUAACGUAAUUUAUAGUAUUUUAUAUGUAU